AUGAAUGAAAUAACUAGCAGGAUCGUCGAACAAGAAAAUGAUGAUGAUGAUAUUUAUCAAAACGAUACGGGUAAUAAUCGGUUCUUGACACCUGAUCUUUCCCAAGAAGAAUGUUGGGCAGUAAUAUCGUCCUUUUUUGAGUAUCGUGGAAUUGUUCGGCAACAAUUGGCUUCUUAUGAUCACUUUGUAGAUUAUGAUGUACAUGAUGUUAUAGAGGCAAAUCGUGAAGUUAUUUUGCAACAUGUUGAAGACCGAAACGAUCAAGAAGCUCAAAUUAGACGAAUCAGGAUAACGUUUUCAAAUCCUGCCGUUUCUGUAGCAACUCACACCGAAGCUGACGGAUCUGGUGGCUAUUUUAUAAUCAAUGGUUCGGAAAAAGUAUUGAUCGCUCAAGAAAGAUUAGCAGACAACUGCCUUUUUGUUUUCAAGACACCGUCACCUUCAACUCAUACUCAUACAGCUGAAAUAAAAAGUACCAAUGAAAAAAGUGAUGUAAGAACGGUACAACUUUUAUUGAUGGAGAGAUCUGGUGAAAUUGGGGACAUUAUGUCCCGCAUUUGCCUUGGUGUACGCAACCAUGAUUUAGAAGAAGCGGUGAAAACUUGUUUCGAAGAAGCAUUUGCGAUCCAAUCUCGAAUUGUGGCAUUGGACUAUAUUGGUCGCAGGGCAAGUUCAUCUGGUGCUGGUCAAGAAAGACGAGUGGAGCACGCCAAACUGCUUAUGCAAAAAGAAUUCCUACCUCAUAUUGGAACAGAGCCUGGAAGUUUAAAACGAAAAUCCUAUUAUUUAGGUUACAUGAUACAUAGGCUUUUACUCUGCGCUGUUGGAAGUAGACAAUUAGAUGAUCGAGACCAUUUAGGAAAAAAAAGGCUAGAUACGGCUGGUACUCUUUUACGUAAUUUAUUUUCAACUGUCUAUAAAAAAAUGAUUAGAGAGAUGACCGAACACAUUAAAAAGGUCUUGGCAAAUAAACGUGAAUUUAACAUAACUAUGGCAAUUAAGCCACAAACGAUUACCAAUGGUUUAAGGUAUUCGAUGGGGACCGGCAAUUGGGGUGACCAAAAAAAGUCGAUGCAGUCUAAGUCGGGGGUUUCUCAAGUAUUAAAUCGAUAUUCUUACUCAUCGACCUUGUCCCAUCUCAGAAGAUGCAAUGCUCCAAUUGAUCGCGAUGGCAAAGUUACGAAGCCGCGUCAACUUCACAAUACACAUUGGGGAUUCAUAUGCCCCGCUGAAACCCCUGAAGGACAAGCGUGUGGUCUAAUGAAAAACUUCUCUUUAAUGUCAUAUAUUUCUGUUGGAGAGUCUUCAAAAUUAUUAAUUGAUCAUAUUAAUGAAACUGGCACGUUACAAGUUUUCUCACAAACUGAUGAUAUUCUUCAAGACAUAUGUACUAAGACAAAAGUCAUCUUAAAUGGUAAUUGGAUUGGGGUAACACGUUCUCCUGAUGAUAUAGUCAUUUCAUUAAAAGAAGCGAAGAAAGCAUUCUGUGAGGAUAUUAGUAUAGUAAAUGACGUUAGUGACAAGGAAUUAAGGGUAUAUUGUGAUCCUGGACGAGUUUGUAGACCAUUGUUCACAGUUCAUGAUGCUCGGUUGGUGAUAAAACCUGAGCAUAUUCGAAAGCUCGAUCGCACAAGGUCAGAACAAUUGGAUGAUGAUCACGAAGAUUACCUUGAUUGGGACCAUUUGAUCCAAGAAGGAUGCAUUGAAUAUCUUGAUGCUGAAGAAGAAGAAGUAUCAUUGAUUUGUAUGACACCAGAAGAUUUAGUAGAAGCAAGAAAUAAAUGGAGUUAUGCAUAUAUGGAUAUGCCACCUCCACCAAUGAAAAAACGCGGUUUAUUUGAAAGAAUGAAGACUACACCAGCUUUCACAAAUAGAUGGACUCACUGCGAAAUCCACCCAAGUAUGGUUUUAGGAAUAUGCGCCAGUCUUAUUCCAUUUCCAGAUCAUAAUCAGUCACCCCGUAAUACUUAUCAAUCAGCUAUGGGAAAGCAAGCUAUGGGUAUACAUGCAACUAAUUAUCAAUUAAGGAUGGAUAUCACAUCAAACAUUCUAUACUAUCCACAAAAGCCGUUAGUGACGACUAAAGUUAUGGAAUAUCUUAAAUUCCGAGAAAUGCCUGCUGGGCAAAAUGCCAUUGUUGCUAUUCUUUGUUAUGGAGGAUAUAACCAAGAAGAUUCAAUUAUCAUGAACCAAAGCGGUAUAGACAGAGGAUUGUUUAGGAGUUUUACAUUUAGAAAUUAUCAAGACUCUGAAAAAAGAAUGGGUGUUUUGGCUGUUGAAACUAUUGAAAGGCCAGAUCCACAGUAUACAAUAGGCCUGAAGCAUGGAAGUUAUCAUAAACUUGGAGAAGACGGUGUUGUUGUCCCAGGGAUAGCAGUAUCAGGAGGCGACAUUUUGAUUGGAAAAGUAACGCCACUCCCACCCGACGUUGCUAUGCUAGGUCAGAGAUCUGAUACACAGAUUAAUCGUGACAUAUCUACUAUGUUGAGAUAUGCAGAAAUUGGGUACGUUGAUCAAGUAUUAAUUGGCUCAAAUCAAGAGAAUUCGAAAUUUGCAAAGGUUAGGAUUCGAAGUACACGAAUUCCCGAGAUUGGAGACAAGUUUGCCAGUAGACAUGGACAAAAAGGCACUAUUGGUAUGACUUAUCGUCAGGAAGAUAUGCCUUUCACUCGUGAGGGAGUAAUUCCCGAUAUCAUAAUAAACCCACAUGCCAUUCCAAGUCGAAUGACGAUUGGGCAUUUAAUCGAAUGCUUGAUGGGAAAGCUCUCGGUUUUAACUGGUAACGAAGGUGAUGCAACACCAUUUACCGAUGUAACUGUUGAAGACCUCUCAAAAAAUUUGAGAGAGCAAGGUUAUCAUUCUCGCGGGUUGGAAGUUAUGUAUAAUGGCCAUACUGGAAGAAAAUUGGUUGCACAAGUCUUCGUUGGUCCAACAUAUUACCAACGACUGAAGCAUAUGGUGCACGAUAAAAUACAUUCUCGUGCGCGUGGACCUGUUAACAUUUUAACACGUCAGCCAGCCGAAGGACGCAAUCGUGAAGGAGGAUUGCGUUUCGGAGAGAUGGAGCGAGAUUGUAUGAUUUCUCAUGGCGCUGCGCUAUUCUUGAAGGAAAGAUUAUUUGAUGUGUCAGAUCCUUUUUAUGUUCACGUAUGUGACAUAUGUGGCCUUCCAGCGAUUGCAAAACCAUCCAAAGGAAUUUAUGAAUGCAAAAUUUGCAAGAAUUCUGUAAUGGUUUCCAGAGUUCAAGUUCCAUAUGCAUGCAAGAUGUUAUUUCAAGAGCUUAUGUCCAUGAACAUUUCUCCGCCUCCUGAGACACAAAUUACAGCCAUCUCUCUCGUUUACCGGGCAUUAGGCGAUAAACCACAAAUAGAAAAGGAAGACUUAAGGUUUGAUGAUGCAUUUGAGGGAUUUCGUAGCAUACACGAAAUGGAGGCAGAGAUAAAACCUUUAAGUGAUGAUGAAAUUAGAACAAAUUUAAGAGAGUUAAAAAGCCGUCUUGCGAAAAGCAAGGCCAUCCAUGCUAUACACUUACGGGAGAGCUUAAAAGGUGUUACUGAGGAAGUUGUGAGUUGGAAAGAUCCACUUGGAAGUCGAUUAGAUAAAGAUUUGGCUAACAAAGUUCAAGAUUUAUUGAAUGAAUACUUUCGCAAUGUAGAUAAUAAACCUUCAUUUAUUGGAGAUAUAGAAAUUUCAGAUUUUUGUUUUGGUACUAUACCUCCUUCAAUAGAAAUAGUUAAUAUCACAGAUCCUUUUUUAGAGUUUUAUGUACCUGAUAGUGAAGUUGUCGGUAUAGAAUUUAGAAUUGCUAAUGAUAGUUUUGAACAUUUACAAACCGAAUUUCCCAAUAAUUCUUCACUUGACAAUAAUAGUACGCAUUUAACGGAUGAUACAUCCGUAAAUAGUUCAUUUUUAACUGAUGAUACUUCAGUACAAUCAGAUGAAUUAACAGAUGAAUCCGAAGUUCCAAUGAAACAAGACACUGAUGCUCAAAUACAUAUAAAUAUAGAUUAUAAAGGAGAUAUGAGGAUGACUAUUACGACUGAAUUGCACCUAAAUUAUCCUAGUAUGAUGUUUAUGAGUCUACCAAUUAGAUUAACUGUUACUGGAUUUGAAUUUUCCGCUAUGGCUGUAAUAGCUAGCCUAAGACACCGUUUCAAUUUUUGCUUCUUGGCACCGAAGGACCCUGAAGAAAGUAUUCUGAAGGAUGUUCAUAUUGAAUCUGAGAUCGGAGAUAAGGAGAAACAAGUUCUUAAAAAUGUUGAAAAAUUGGAACGUUUCAUAGUUGACCAAUUAAGAAAAUUAAUUGAUGAUGACUUAGUAUUUCCUAGUUAUUAUUCAAUUGAAUUGUAA